AUGCUGGGUUUUAUAGACGUUUCAUCAAAGAUUUUUCAAAAUUUCCAUGCCCUAACCAACCUGUUGAUCAAAGAUGCUAAAUUCUGUUUUGAUGAUGACUGUAAUGAAGCAUUUAAGAAGAUCAAAAAUGCUCUCAUCUCAGCUCCUAUAAUUCAGGCCCCGAAUUGGGAGCUCCCAUUUGAAAUUAUGUGCGAUGCCAGUGACUUUGUAGUGGGCGCAGUUCUAGGGCAAAGGAAAGACAAAGUUCUGCAUACAAUCCACUAUGCAAGCAAGACAUUGGAUGUGGCCCAAAUGAAUUAUUAUACCACUAAAAAGGAAUUGUUAGCCAUAGUGUUUGCAAUCGACAAGUUCAGGUCCUAUCUAGUGGGUUUAAAGGUGAUAGUGUAUUCGGAUCAUGUUGCCAUAAGAUAUUUGCCUAAUAAGAAAGACGCCAAACCUCAUUUGAUCAGGUGGAUCUUGCUCCUCCAGGAGUUCAAUCUAGAAAUCAGGGAUAAGAAAGGAGCAGAAAAUGUUGUGGUUGAUCAUCUAUACCGAGUGUGGCCAAACGAGCAAAGAAAUGUAGAUUUUGAUCUGCUUAUAAACGAUGUUUUCCCUGAUGAGCAUCUGCUGGCGAUAAAUUUCGAAGGAAUUCCUUGGUACGUAGAUUUUGUAAACUAUCUUGCAAGUAGAGUACUUCCCCCAAAUCUCACUUGGCAACAGAAGAAGAAAUUUUUCUCAGAUAUCAAACAUUAUAUAUGGGACGAACCUCUGCUUUUUAAGAGAUGCGGAGACACAAUCUACCGAAGGUGUGUACCGGAAGAUGAGGUCAAGGACAUUCUGUUUUACUAUCAUGCAUCCCCUUAUAGUGGGCACUUGGGAGUAUCGAAAACAGUAGCAAAGAUAUUACAAGUAGGAUUUUUUUGGCCAAAUCUAUUUAAAGACACAAAAAAUUUUGUGCAGACCUGCGACCAAUCUCAAAAGACUGGAAACAUUUCUAGAAGAAAUGAAAUGCCACUGAACUGCAUCCUCGAAGUGGAAUUAUUUGAUGUAUGGGGGAUAGAUUUCAUGGGACCCCUUCCAUCAUCGUAUGGAAACAAUUAUAUUCUAGUGGCAGUAGAUUAUGUAUCUAAAUGGGUGGAAGCUAUAGCUUCUCCUACCAGUGAUGCCAGAACGGUAAUUAAACUUUUUAAAAAGGUAAUUUUCCCACGAUUUAGUGUGCCUAAGGCAGUCAUUAGCGAUGGGGGCUCGCAUUUCAUAGAAAAGAAGUUUGAGAAUUUGUUAAAGAAAUAUGGAGUCAAUCACAAAGUUGUGACACCCUACCAUCUCCAAACCAAUGGACAGGCUGAGAUUUCCAACCGAGAGAUCAAGGCAAUAUUAGAGAAGACGGUGUUUAGUUCUCGCAAAUAUUGGUCAUUGAAACUGGAUGACGCUUUAUGGGCAUACCGUACUACAUUCAAAACUCCAAUUAGUAUGACCCCAUUCAGAUUGGUGUAUGGGAAGCCGUGUCAUCUUCCAGUAGAGUUAUAA